AUGGGAGAGGGAGCUCCCCCAAGUGAAAUGCAAGACGAGCUUCCCUCGAAUGAAAUGCAAGAGGAAGCUCCCCCAUAUGAUGGUGAUGUUGAGAUGGACUAUCAGCCUACAUUGGGAGGCACCUAUCGUGACUAUCAUAUUCAACUAGACGGUCAUAUAUGUGACAAAGUGGGUAAUUUCAUUCACCCAGAUGCACCUCCACCUCCCUAUACCUCUCGAGCCCCAAACGACUGGACACCUUACCGUAACCAACUCGAGUUUGAAACAGCCGAGUUUCUAUAUACGAAGGUCCAAAUGUCUGGAGGCGAUAUUGACAAGCUCAUGCACUUGUGGGGUGGCACACUUGCCAAACAUGAUGACGCCCCUCCGUUUGCAGACCGCCAUGAUUUGUAUUCCACUAUCGACAACACGCCAGUCAGAGAUGUCCCGUGGAAAAGUUUCUCGAUGAAAUACAAUGCUAACAACCAUGAUACGAGAAAUGCAGAGAGCGCACCAUGGAUGGAGAAGACCUAUACUACGUGGUUCCACGACCCACACACCAUCAUACAGAACAUGCUCGCCAACCCGGAUUUCAAAGACGAGAUGGACUAUGUACCAUACUGGGAAUUUAAUGGAGAGGGUGAUGAUGUGAAGUGCCAAUGGCGCAACAUGAUGUCAGGUAAUUGGGCAUGGGACCAAGCAGAUGAGAUUGCAAAAGAUCCCCUCACUCAUGGUGCGACCUUCAUCCCUGUGAUCCUCAGAAGCGACAAAAUGACCAUGUCAGUAGCAACCGGACAAAACGAUUACUACCCACUCUAUGCUUCAAACAGCAAUGUUCAUAAUAAUGUGCAUCAUGCACACCAAAACGCUGUUGCUGUUGUUGGUUUCUUGGCUAUCCUGAAGAGACCGUAUAUUGCUGAUUACCCUGAACAAUCUGCCCUCGCUUGUGUCAUUUAUAAUUGGUGUGCAAAGUGUUUUGCAUUUGCCAACAACUUGGAUGGACUUGAUUGUGGGCUGCGCAGACGAGAGACUACUGAUGCACUUUGCGAAGAGUUCGACUAUGGAAUGCUUUGGGAGGAAUGGGGAAUUAUAAGUGACUUAGUGCCAUUCACAAAUGACUUCCCUUGUGCCAAUAUUCAUGAACUCCUGUCGCCGGACAUUUUGCAUCAGAUCAUCAAAGGCACCUUCAAAGACCACCUGGUUGCAUGGGUCGAGCUGUAUCUACUGAAGGAACAUGGAAAGAUGCGUGCAAAAGGGAUUCUCAACGACAUUGACCGCUGGAUAGCUGCAGCACCCUCUUUUGUGGGACUUCGCCGAUUUCCUGAAGGGCGCAGGUUUUCACAGUGGACCGGAGAUGAUUCAAAGGCUCUCAUGAAAUUUUGCUCCAUUGUGCGGCAAUAUAUCAUUACUGAAGAUACUCUUGAGAAGCUUUCAGAUGCACUCUGGCACUUUCACCAGUACCAGCAAAUUUUUCAAGACACAGGAGUUCAAUUUAACGGGUUUUCGCUACCACGCCAACACUCACUCAAUCAUUACAUUUUACUCAUUCACAUGUUCGGAGCACUGAACGGGUUAUGCUCAUCGAUAACGGAAUCAAAACACAUCAAGGCCAUCAAGGAACCUUGGCGAUGCAUUGCUCAAAAUGGCGACGACACUGCUCAAAACGCCAACUCCAACAACAAUAACAACAACGCUGAAAAUGAUGACGAAAGCGCUGGGCCGAGAGCACAAAGCGAUGUCAAAUUGGCACAGCGCUCUCAUGCUCGCAAUAUACGUGCUCUGGCAGUUGAAAUGGACAUCCCUGAUCUUCCCCAACUCCUCCAACUCUUCCUUUAUGAUCAGCUUGUUGCUGACGACUCUCUCACCUUGGAUGAUGUUCCUCUUAGUGCCUGCCCGCAAUUCGAAGGCCCUAUCAAAGUCUUCAACUCAGCAGCUGCUACAUUUUUUGCUCCCAGUGACCUGAGCAGUGUUGGUGGGAUGCGCCGUGAGCACAUUCAUGCUGCACCAUCAUGGCAGAGAGGUCCUCCUCACCUCGAUACUGUUUUCAUCAACACUGCCAGUGAAGACUCAAUCAAUGGAAUGGAGGUUGGACAUGUCCUAUGUUUUUUCUCAUUCUAUCACAGCGGGGAGAUCUUUCCCUGUGCGCUGAUACAUUGGUUCAAGCUUAUCGGGGACAAACCAGAUCUGGACAUUGGCAUGUGGAUGCUUUCCGUUAUACAUCUCAACACGAUCAUUUGCUCGUCACACUUGCUACCGAUUUUUGGUGAUGAUUUUAUUGAAGAUGAUAUUACAUUUCACAACUCUCUGGAUUUGUUCAAAGGUUUCUAUGUAAACAAAUUUGUAGAUCAUAACUCGUUCGAAAUAGCAUCUUGA